GGUGCUGAGCCGCAGGCGACGUGCUGAUAGGGUUACCAUCUGGCUGGUAUUUGACUGGCCUGGCUGGUUGGUUGAUGGAUUUGCCAGUUGCCAGAAAAAUAAUGUAAUCUGCCGGAGGCGGAGACCCGGCAGCGGCUCCUGCGCACCGUCAAGAAGGAGGUGAAGCAGAUUAUGGAGGAAGCUGUGACAAGGAAGUUUGUGCAUGAGGACAGUAGCCACAUCAUCUCAUUCUGUGCUGCCGUGGAAGCCUGUGUCUUGCACAGCCUGAAGCGGAGAGCAGCCGGGUUCUUGCGCAGUAACAAGAUCGCAGCCCUGUUCAUGAAGGUGGGCAAGAGCUUCCCUCCGGCAGAAGAUCUUUCUAGAAAGGUCCAAGAUCUGGAACAGCUCAUCGAGAACACACGAAACCAGGUGCAAGGCGUCCAGGAGAACGUGCGCAAAGUGCAGAAGCUGCCGAACCUGUCUCCCCAGGCCAUCAAGCACCUCUGGAUCCGCACAGCCCUUUUCGAAAAGGUCCUGGAUAAAAUCGUGCAUUACCUGGUAGAAAACAGCAGUAAAUACUAUGAGAAAGAAGCUCUCCUGAUGGAUCCUGUAGAUGGACCAAUUCUUGCUUCCUUAUUGGUGGGGCCUUGCGCGCUGGAGUACACCAAGAUGAAGACGGCGGAUCACUUCUGGACUGACCCCUCCGCUGACGAACUCGUUCAGAGGCAUCGCAUUCACAGCUCACACUGUCGCCAGGACUCUCCCACUAAGCGCCCUGCCCUCUGUAUUCAGAAAAGGCAUUCGAGUGGAAGCAUGGACGACCGGCCGUCACUGUCUGCCAGAGACUAUGUGGAGUCUUUGCAUCAGAAUUCCAGAGCCACGUUACUCUACGGCAAAAACAACGUCAUGGUGCAGCCGAGAGACGACAUGGAGGCGAUCCCGGGGUACUUGUCCCUUCAUCAGACUGCAGACGUCAUGACGUUGAAAUGGACUCCCAACCAGCUAAUGAACGGUUCGGUGGGAGAUCUGGACUACGAGAAAAGUGUGUACUGGGACUAUGCCAUGACCAUUCGCCUCGAGGAGAUCGUCUACCUGCACUGUCACCAGCAGGUAGACAGCGGCGGGACAGUAGUUUUGGUGAGUCAGGAUGGAAUUCAGAGGCCUCCGCUCAGGUUUCCCAAAGGAGGGCACCUACUUCAGUUUCUGUCCUGCCUAGAAAAUGGUCUCCUCCCUCAUGGACAGCUGGACCCACCUCUUUGGUCACAGAGAGGGAAGGGGAAGGUGUUUCCAAAGCUGAGAAAGCGAAGUCCCCAGGGCUCUUCCGAGUCGGCAUCUGAUAAGGAAGAUGAUGAAGCUACGGACUACGUUUUCCGGAUAAUAUACCCCGGCAUGCAGUCAGAGUUUGUGCCCCAGGAGCUGAUAGACACACCAGCCAGCAGCUUGCCUUCCAUGUGGCAACCUAGCACCCGCAAGUCCUCCUGCUCCUCGUGCUCCCAGAACAGCUCCUCUGAUGGUGGCCCAUCCAACGGCUGCAACCACGAAAGAACCCCACUAAAGCUCCUGUGUGACAACAUGAAAUACCAGAUCCUCUCCCGGGCGUUCUAUGGCUGGCUGGCGUACUGUCGACAUCUCUCCACUGUGCGAACCCACCUGUCUGCACUGGUUAACCACAACAUUGUGUCUCCUGACCUGCCAUGUGAUGCCAGCUGUGGCCUGACUGCAGAGAUAUGGCAAAAAUACCUGCAGGAUAGCACGAGUUACGAGGAGCAGGAGUUGUUACGGCUCAUAUACUACGGUGGGAUCCAGCCUGAGAUCAGGAAAGCCGUCUGGCCCUUCCUCUUGGGUCACUACCACUUCGGGAUGACGGGAGCUGAGAGGAGAGAGGUUGAUGAUCAGAUCCGGGCCUGCUACGAACAGAUCAUGGCGGAAUGGCUGGGCUGCGAGGCCAUCGUUCGGCAAAGGGAGAAGGAAUCCCACGCUGCAGCUCUGGCCAAGUGCUCUUCCGGGGUGAGCUUAGACACCCACAUUCAGAGGAUGAUGCACAGGGAUUCGACUGUCAGCAACGAGUCUUCCCAAAGCUGUAGCUCUGGCAGGCAAAGCGACGCCCGGCUGCAGAGUGACUCCAGCUCCAGCACACAGGUGUUUGAAUCAGUUGAGGAUGUGGAACAGCCUGAGGCAGAUGCCCAACUCGAAGAUGGCAAACAAGCCAAAAUCCUAAACGGGACGAUCGCCAAUGGCACAUGUUCCCCUGAGUCUGGCCAUCCUUCAUCCCAGAAUUUCUACAGCACGUCAGAGCACAGCUUCAGCACAGACGAUAACGUGAUGGAAUCCAGUAAAACUGAGGCCUGCCACCGAGGGAAAGCCAGUGGGGCAGAGGCCCCGAAACCACAGAGCUCAGCCAAUACGCUGUCAGAGGAUAAGCUGGCGGGGGAGGAUCUGCAGGGCCAGGACAGCCUGGAAGGUGAAUGUCCCAUCAAUGGAAGCUUAGAAGUCUUUAUUCCAGUUGGCGGGAGCACAGUGGCGGUUUUGCCUGACAGCGAAGCGGUGGGGCUUUCCGUGGUGGAUGAGAGCUGGGCUGAUAGUGAAGCUGAGAAGCGCAGCUUGGUGGGGAGUGAGGACAAUUUAUCGGAGGAACCAGAGAUGGAGAGCUUGUACCCACAGCUGGAUUCACUAGCUGUGGCUGACUUGGCUAACAAUGAAGUUUCUCCCGUCUCCUCAACUGGGGUCACCUAUUCUCCAGAGCUCCUGGACAUGUACACCGUGAACCUGCAUCGCAUUGAGAAGGAUGUGCAGAGAUGUGACCGGAACUACUGGUACUUCACACCUGCCAACCUCGAGAAGCUCCGCAACGUCAUGUGCAGCUACAUCUGGCAGCACAUUGAGAUCGGCUACGUGCAGGGAAUGUGCGACCUGCUGGCGCCUCUCCUGGUCAUCCUGGAUGAUGAGGCGCUUGCGUUCAGCUGUUUCACCGAGCUCAUGAAAAGGAUGAACCAGAAUUUCCCACAUGGGGGAGCCAUGGACACCCACUUUGCCAACAUGAGGUCGCUGAUCCAGAUCUUGGACUCUGAGCUCUUUGAGCUGAUGCACCAGAAUGGGGACUACACCCAUUUCUACUUCUGCUAUCGAUGGUUUCUCCUGGACUUCAAGCGAGAGCUGGUGUAUGAUGAUGUUUUCUCUGUCUGGGAGACAAUCUGGGCAGCUGCAUGUGUCUCCUCUUCACACUAUGUCCUCUUCAUAGCCUUGGCCUUGGUGGAAAUGUACCGGGACAUCAUUUUGGAAAAUAACAUGGAUUUUACAGAUAUCAUCAAGUUCUUCAAUGAAAUGGCUGAGCGGCACAACACCAAACAGCUCCUGAAGCUGGCCCGGGAUCUCGUGUACAAAGUCCAGACGCUGAUUGAGAAUAAAUGAAAGGCCUGGGAAGGGUGGGGUGUUUGGCGAGACGUCGCGGACUCCCGUCCAACACUUCCUGCCCCAUCUCCUUUUUCUUGAAGUGCCACACCUGUGACAAAAAAACCUUGGUAGUUUGACACAUGCUGCUCUCUAAGAUGAAAGUACCCUUAUCUCUGCUUUCAUGCUGUUGAGCUUAGACAUUAGGGGAAGGGUCCCCUGGUUUAGUUCUUCAGUUCAACAUUCAUUUUCAGUGAUUGACCAAAGAUCUGUAAAUCUGCAUCUUAGUUUUUGUUUCAAACAUUUCUACUUUGGAAGCAAAUCCUGGGCAGACAUUGCCUUGCCUUGCUUUGCUUUGGUGGUAUUACUGCAGUUCCGGUUCCCAUCUUUAGCAAGAGCACUUUCCAGACAAAGCUUUCUCAAAGAGGGUGGGCUACAGGCAGACUGUGCCUCUGCUGUCCCUUGGGUCCACCUUUGAAUUUGCAGCAUAUACUGCAGGGGAACAAAGCACUUCCCAAGAAGCAGCUUCCCCACGUGACAAGAAAGCCAGGCAGCAUCCCUCUCAAGCUAGUAAAAACUAGGAUGUUCUCCGCAUUCGGCUCUGUGGGAGGAGCAGGAGGCUGUGCCUUCAGCAGAGAGACUCUGAUCAGAGAAGUUCCUCCUACGAUAGACCCUCUCCCUUGUUUGGGGCUCUGUUUUCCUCCCAUUCCCUAGGGUUUACAGUUUGCUCCUCACCCCAGGAUCAGAGCAUGUGGAGUUCCAACUCCGGCUAAGUUUCCAAAAGAGCUCAGGAUGCCAAGUAUUUCAGUGCCAACAUAGGAGUUGAGCUCUACCGGAAAGUCUGGUUCCAACUGUGGGUCCUGAGCACUUGAAAAAUCCAGCCUUGAGCUCUUUUGAAAAUUUAGAGUUUGUGCCCAGAGGAGUCUCUUGUGUUUAUGGAACCUGAUCCUUAGCCCAUUGAAGUCAAUGGAAAGACUCCAGGUGGCCAUCAGUGGGCUUUGGGUCAGGCCCAUGUGGAGGAAAAUAGACCAAGCGUAGCAUUCUCUGCUCUGGGUACCCAGAGUGGUGCAAUUCCAAGGCAGCUCCCCUGCAGUGGCACUAGCGUUGUGCCCCACUGGUGCUGUGGCGUGCAGCACCUUGUCCACACAAGAGCAGCAGGAAAACUGAGCUGCAGGGUAAUUGGUGAGGUUAGUGCAGCCAAGAGUUUGGGUUUAUUUUUCAACUCAGGUAAAAAAAGUAGAAGAGGAAAAGGAGAGAAGUGGGUUGUGUUAGUGGGUUAGUUUCCACCUGCCCAGGAAGGUCACUGUCAUGGCUAAACCAGUCCAUGGUUGCUCCUAGCAGCUGAGAAAAUGCUUUGCUGUAGCUCUUUCAAGGGUACUUUCUCUCAAAUUGUGCUGCAAAAAUCUGUUUGCCAGCCAUGAAAUGUGUGAUAAAUGUGUUUUCUCUUCCUCCACUCAGCUCCCGCAGCAGGGCUAGGCCAGAGCCCUCUCCGCUGAGAGAGUGGUGUUCACCAGAAGGGGAAAGGGACUCCUCUGUUUCUCCUCCUGCAGAACCCUUCUUUGUACUGAUGUAUUUUGUAUUUGUGUGUUGUGUGUCUCAGAUGUUGCUUGCAGAAGAAACCCAGAAGAAAAUAGUGCAUGCUCCAGAAAUCAGUUGCAGAGUACAGUGAGCCACUCUGCAAUAUGUGAACAAAUCAGCUCAUCCCUCUGUACUAUUGGGAUGCAGAGUCUGUAACUGCAAACCAGGGAAGGGCAGGGCCUGCUGAACCCUUUUGCUGGAGAAGAAUACAGCACAAGGUGAAAGCAGAGGAAAUCUGUCUUCUCUAAUUUCUUAUUUUGCAGGCUAUUUGUACUUUAUCCACAUGAGGUAGGAAACCCUUUGAAGCAAUUUUCUGCCCAGGUUAGAGCCAAUCUGCUGUAUUAAACUCCAAAAAGAGCUUAAUUUACUGGAGAAAACAGUCCGUACUAGCAUCUGAAAUAGUCUGCAUGGAAACUGAAGAAGUUGGGCUUUAAACCUUCAGGUUCGACUAUGAAUCUCUCAUCUUUUCCUAAAGCAGAGAGCAAAUCUCACACCUACACUGGUGACCUGUUCCUGAUUCUAGACCUUGUAGCUUUUCAGAUGUUAAAAUGGAUAAAUAAUCUGAGUAACCUUGUUCUAAAGUGGAAGGGAUCAAAGUGACACCUUCACAUAGCAAAACUAAGGAAUAAUAACUAUUAGAUAGGCAUAAAUAGUAGUAUUUUAUCAAGCAACAACUCUGAUGACACUAGCUUUCAGCCUUUUUUUUUUUUUAAACGGAUAGCUGAGAAUCCUGCACAAUAUCAGCUAUCUGUAUUAUCUGACUGCGUCUUCGGGCCCAUCAGUAGCAGUGUUUUUGAAUAACUUCUAACAAAAAAAAAGUAUUUAUUUAUUCUAUUGACUGUACAUUACUGUGUGUCCUUGUAUACUGAAUUCAGUGAGUGUGACUCUUUAUGCAAAUGGAGAUAUAUCUUUCAAUGUUGCAAACAUAUCUUGUAAAUGUUUACCAGAAAAUUGUGUCUAUAUAUACAGUAUAGAGAAAAAAUGUGAUUUAAGUCGGGUAUUAUUUUUUUGA